AUGUCUCAACAGUAUGACAAUCAACAGCCCGAGGAUUUUGUCAACCACGUUAGGGCUAUCGCAAUUGUUGGUGCAAGUGGCCAUGUCGGACACGCCUUUACUAGCCAGCUCCUCCAGACGGGAAAGCACACCGUGACGGCCAUCAGUAGGGUUGGUAGCAGUAGCGCCUUUCCCAAAGGAGUAAAAGUCGCUUCUGUCGACUACAAUAACCAAGAAUCUUUGGUUUCCGCCCUCAAGGGCCAAGAUAUGCUCGUCAUCACCUUGUCCCUCAAUGCUCCCCCAGACACCCACACCAAGUUUGUAAAGGCAGCUGCCGAAGCCGGUGUACCCUACGUUGUGCCCAACGUUCACAGCAUCAAUUUCUGGGAUAGUAAGGAGCUUCGCGAGGAUCUCUCUGUGGGGAACAAUAUCCUCGCCAACAUCGCUGAGGUAAAAGAACAUGGCCUUGUCAGCCUUUCCAUGUUUGAAGGUUUCUGGUACGAACAUAGCCUCCCUUUUGGACCUAUCACGUUGGGCAUAGACUUCACAAACCGCACGGCUCUGCUGUACGAUGACGGCAAGAAGGCCAUCAACAUCUCCACAUGGGUCCAAAUUGGGCGUGCAUUGGCUGCCCUAGCGAGCCUCAAAAGGCUCCCUGAAGAUGAUAAAGAUGACUCUCUGACUCUGGCUCGCUUCCAUGACCGACCAGUCUUCGUGUCCAGCUUCAAGAUCAGCCAGGCCGAUAUUCUGGAGAGCAUCAAAAGAGUCACGGCAACCAGCGACAAGGACUGGAAGAUCUCCUAUCAGUCAUCUGAGGAGCGCUACAAGGAAGGCCAGAAGGAAGUUGAGCAGGGGAACCAAUUGGGCUUCUUCAAGUCUUUGCAUGCCAGGGUGUUUUACCCCAGCGGUGACGCCGAUUUUGAGCCUGAUAACCAGCUAUUGGGCUUGCCGAAGGAGAAUCUUGACGAUGCUACCAAGCAUGCCCUUGAGUUCAUAGAGAAGAGCUCAUAA